AUGACGGUCACGGUGCUGUGUACUGGAGAGUCCCGAUCCCAAAGCUCCGCUCAGAAGGUGGCAUUCGCUGUCGGAUAUGUUCAACUCCCACACCGCUACAUGAAGAAGCAUAGGACACAAUCAGACAUUCAUUGUAAUCAAGGAACGAACUCUCGGACUACACUACUCAGCAUACCUCGUGAACUGCGCGAUGAGAUAAUCACGCUGAUCUUAACAAGCCGUCGCCCUAGCUUGCAGACAGCUGCCGAGUUUGAGACGCAGAACAGAAUGCCUUUGGGCUCGGACACUUCGGGUUUCAGCGAUGACAGCGGCCUUUACCUGGAGGAGCGGAGCGCAUACACUUCAAAUGCGGGAGGUCUGCUCCUCGCAAGCAAACAACUACGGUCCGAGACGCAGGAUGCCCUUGAACGUCUCGAUCUCGCCCAUGAACUCGAGGUCAAAUUGGUCAAUGAGCGCUUCCUCGCUCCCACAUGGUCUCUCAUACCCACACAGACGCGACACUUCAAACGUGUUCGCGCUGUCGUCCAGAGCAUAGGAGCCUGGCAAAAACCCGCAUCACCCAGUAAGUUCAAAAUGCGCGAUCCCUGGGCUUCUGGAUGUGGCGGACCACUAGCCUACGUUUGGCAAUUUUACAGCACCCUUCGACACUUCCUGACGUAUGGGGUCGAUGUCCCUCGCCCGACUGCCAUUCCCGAUCUCAUCUCCGUCGACAAUCUAGAGCUUGACUUCAUCGAUCCUGAAGACACCGAUUUACUUCCUCCAGAAGGAAACCAAAACAUACGGCUGGCACGUUGCAGGCCUUCAGGCCCAGGAUUCCCUCGGGAGCCACAGCUCCUCCGCCCAGAAUGGCUGGCCUGGGAUCUCGCAGGCGAGAUGGGAACUAUGUUUCGCAUGAGUUCUGGGCGGGCCCCAUAUGCACACAUGCUCCACGGGCGUAUCGGGCAUAUGGUUUUUAAGGUUAAUGGGACUAUCAUUGCUGAAAUUGAUGUGGGACAGGUGCUUGCGGAUGUGAAGUUCAGUGGCAGCUUUGGCAGUGGGAGCAGUGAUGACCUUGCGGAGAAGUGGACGAACUGGAAGGAGGAGGCUCAAGAGCUGAGGAAGAAACGGGGACUGAAGACGGUGGAGUUUGGGGAUGGCUGGCAAGCGGAGGCUAGGAAGUGGGCAGCACAGCAUUAUGCGAGGUAUCCAUACUCGUGA